AUGACGGUCGAGAGGAAUUGGUCCGGUCCUCUGACCCCGCCGCCUUAUGAGCACAUCGAGAGCGGGCAUCUAAUCGGCGGGGCCUCAAAGGGCACGAAGGGCCGGCACCGCCGGCUGCACAGCUCUGGGCCCAUGGCCUUCGGCGGGAGCUGGGGUGUGGGGCCGGCAGGGGAGUCGAGGUGUAGAUCUACAAAUAUAUUGGAAGAUGAUGACAUCGAUUUGGAAGAGCAACUCAAGCUUCUAAAUAAGUCACCGGUCGAGACACUCUUGACCGAUGAAGGAGAUACUAUUGAUUGUGUCGAUAUUGACAAACAACCAGCGCUUGAUCAUCCUUUACUUAAGAAUCACAAAGUUCAGAGAAAACCCAAUUUGCUUUUGGGUCCUUUUCCAAACAUUCCUCUAGUACAAAGCAUGUGCAAUUUUCGAUCAAGAAAGCCUUGUCCGAUUGGAACGGUUCCCUUUCAACGAAUCCAAAAAGAAGAUUUGAUAAGGACAAGGUCCCUUCCUAAGAUGCCUUAUGCGAAUAUGGUCAAAGAUGGAUAUGCUCCUUUCGGGCAACAUGGAGAUGGUUGGCGCGAUGGUUGCUACAACACAUUGUGCCUAGGUUUUGUACAAGUGGAUAGAAUAAUAACUCCCAAUUAUCCUAUGAUUACAGUUUCUAAAUAUGGCGGACCCAUAUAUGAACUCAAAGUUGAAGUCUCCCAGGACGUAUCGACUGGGAACUGGUGGCUGCGCGUUCAUGACCCGCCGAUCAACGUGGGCUAUUGGCCGAAGGAGUUGUUCGUGAACUUACAGAAGGGCACAUUCACCACGGGGUGGGGAGGAAUCGCUAAAGAAAGCGAGAAUGGGUAUUGCCCGCCCAUGGGCAACGGUCUGUUGCCGGAUGCUGAUUAUCGAAAAGCAGCUUACUUCAGAAAGGCCCAAUGGAUGAAUGCAAAAGGAGAGAGUUUUCCUCCUUACGAAGGGAUGCCCAUGGUGGUGGACGGUGGUUAUGGUCUGCUGGAUAUGAAUCUUAGGGAAGAACCAUGGGGUUACUAUUUCUCCUUCGGAGGUCCGGGAGGAUACUGCAGAGCAUGA